ACAGGAAAAAGGCUGGCAUGGCCUCUCUCAGGUUUCUCUCUGGUUUCACAAUUUAUCGAGACGUGUAGGAAAAAAACAUUUGCUAGUGCUGUAGAUUGUUUUUCAUCAAGACAUCAUUUACAAACAGUGAAAAUGAGCUCGGGUUUCAUAUCGGAAGCUGAAAUCGCCGAACAACGGCGAAUGCGACAGGAGGAAUGGGAACGCGUACGAACUGCCGAUCAGCCUAUAGAAGCUCCAGAGGAAUCUUAUGAUCCUAGAUCCUUGUAUGAGAGAUUGCAGGAACAAAAAAAUAAAAGAGACAUAGAGUAUGAAGAAGCUCACAAAUUAAAAAAUAUGAUCAAAGGAUUGGAUGAUGAUGAAGUAGAAUUUUUGGACUUGGUUGAUAGAACUAAGAUGGAAGAAGAACGUAAAAAGAAUCUUGAGGAAGAAAAAGAAAUGCGCGAUUUUAAAGCUGCAGUUGCUUCUCUUCAAGAACAGAAAUUAAAUGAAAAAUUAAAGCAAGAAUUGAAGAAUCCAUCUGUUAGCAGUAAAAAUGCUGCCUGUGGAAGUAGUCGCACUUCGCAGUUAAAAUUACCCGCAGGCGUUGUAUUGAAACGACCUGACAAACAAAAACAAGAAGAAGUACUUAAAGGAAUAAAAAGAAAAUUGUCUCCAUCCAAAGAUAAUACUGAUACUAGCAAAAAGAAAGAGCCACAUACAUCUUGUGAGCCAGCUGCACGCGCGGAUUCUUUUCUUUCUAGUCCUACAUCAGAUAAACAAAACGAUAAGGCUACACCAAAUCAAGUAAAUACAAAUUACAUACAUAGCGGACUCAAAUGUAUCGGUAUAUUACCUGGUCUUGGAACAUAUAAUAAUUCUAGUGACAGUGAUUGUAGUUCUGAUACAGAUCAGGAAACAGAACCAAACCCUACCAUUUAUGAUAUGUUAGGUCGAAAAAUAAAAUCAUUGAAAGAUAAGGAGGAAAAGAGCUGAAUGAUAUCUCUAAAUACAUAUGUAUAUACACGUGUCUGUACGAGUGUAUGUAUGUAUGUAUGUAUG